AUGGCCGCCGGCGCCUUCUUGGAACUCCUGGAGUGGCUUCGAGAGGUGCUCCUGCAGGACGCUGUCUUCCUUCGCGAGUCCUACCCCGACCAUCCUAUCUUUCAGGAUCCGGUCUUCUCUUGCCCCGAGUUUGAAGCGUUCGCCAGCAAAGUUCAAGACACAUGCACACGGGACCACGAAGACAGCCAUACCACGGUCGCAGCCGAGCAGUUAGCUGAGCGAAGACAUCUAGACCUUUUGGGGGCUUCUUACGAACUAUGCACAAAGUUGGAUGAGUUUGCGCAGGCGACCUACACCGUCACCUUCAGCCCCGGCCAAGGUGCUGCAGGUCAACAUGCGGAGAUCGCGGAGCUCAUCAACAGAGGCGCCGCGCUCCACGAGAGACGAGCAGCAGCAGGGAAUGGUGCAAGCGGGCCAGGGGCAAGCCCCCCAGGGAAGAGCGCAUGGCGAGCCGCCUGGGCCGCGCGAACCUCCGAGCUUCAAGCUCCCCGUUCUGUCAAAUCUGUACAGGAGCUGCUGCGUCUCUGGCGGCAGGGCUGGGGCGAAAUGCCUUCUGUGGAUUCUCUUGAGCGAGACUGGGGUGCUCGAUGGCGGCCAUCUGCAGAGAAGAAUUACCUUUCCACGCGCAAGAUCAUCGUCGAUGAGGUUCGGAGGCGGGCCCAGUCGGACGGCUUAACUGAAGAUAUCGUGGCGAGGCAAAUGGACGAAGAACGUGGACCCAGCUCUUUGGAUAAGUUGUUCAAGGCCAUCCGAAAGGACAGGCAAGGCGAAAAGGGACACAAACGUGCGUCGGGCAAUUCAACGUCGGUGGUAGCGAAAAGUCGAUGGCGCAGUGAUUUUGAACACCCGUCUGAUAGAAUGACCGAGGACCUUGGCGGCGAAAGUGCCCCCAGGCCGUCAGGGGGCCUGUAG